AUGGAUAUGCUGGCUAAGAGAGCCAAAAUUCAGAGAAAUAUGGAACUUGAUGCAGGCACCCACACCUACGACUUUUCAAUGCCACUUCCCCCCCAAUUUCCAUCGUCAUUUGUAAGCGAUUUCGGAAAGAUUGUCUGUGAAGUAUUGCUGACUGUGAAUCGGCCGUUCGGACACCGUGAGUUGUUCAGGCAUCCGCUGACAAUAUUUCAGUCCUAUAAUCUUAAUCAAAGUCCGGAUUUGGUGCAUCCAAAGAGUCUUGCUUAUACCAAAAAAUUUUCAUGCCAUUGGUUUUUCUGCUCAUCUCCCGUUACUGCCACACUCAUCAUUCCCUAUGGCGGCUAUACGCCUAGCCAGUUGAUAAAUUUUGAACUCCAUGUACAAAAUCCAUCUUCCUAUUACACCGUUCGCAAUAUCAAGUUGAAGCUAGAGCAGAUUUGCAAAUAUAGAGCAACAAUGCCGAAGCAUAGAGUCCGGCAGCAGAUCACAGAAAUCGCCGAAUCCUCUCAUCUAGGCGCAGUUGAGCGCUCAUCCUGGCGUGUAAUUACGGAUACACUGAAGGUACCAUCAGUUCCGCCCUCAACGCAUGACCACAGAGCUAUAGAGAUAUCCUAUGGGAUUGUUGUAUCUUUAACGAUGGGCGAUACUAAGGAAGAGGCAUUAUUUCGGAUGCCCAUCGUUAUUGGCACCAUACCGCUGGCCAAAAACAUCUCAGAUCCGACCAACAAAAGCACCCCACCCGAAUCAAUCAGCCACAAUGCGCACAAUUCCAACCAAGCCAGAUCAGAGGAACACAUUAAGUUGAAUGUAAUCAGUUCGCACUCAAAAUCAUGGGGCUGGAGGCCAACAACGCCCGAAUCGCCAGAAACACCAAGUCCGCCAGAAUUCCCGGAAAUGCUAGAAGUGCCAGACAUGGUAGAAAUGUCAACGCUCAACGAAAGCAAUCUUUAUCAAUGCAAUAUAGAUGUGAAUUGCGAGUCAGCUGCUUCCUCAUUUCAAUGCGAUACUUUGGAUUAUUCAGAUACGGUUUGUGUCGACAUCUCAGAUGAUUAA